CAAGGAGGAACCCAAAGCUGCCUGCACCCUGCCCCUCUCCUUCAGCCAGCACUUGGGCUGAGCAACAUAUGAUGAUGCUGGAGCUGCCAGUGGCUGACAUGGACGCAAAUCCGCGAGCAGCCCUGGAGCGCCAGCAGCUGCGCCUCAGGGAGCGGCAGAAGUUCUUCGAGGACAUUUUACAGCCAGACACAGAGUUUGUUUUCCCCCUUUCCCAUCUGCAUCUUGAGUCGCAAAGACCCCCCAUAGGUAGCAUCUCGUCCAUGGAAGUGAAUGUGGAUACACUGGAGCAGGUGGAAUUUAUUGACCUUGCAGAUCAGGAUGGAGCAGAUGUGUUCUUGCCGUGUGAGGAUUCUCCGCCAACCCCCCAGAUGGCUGGACCAGAUGACCAUCCAGAGGAGCUGAGCCUGCUGGUACCCACAUCAGACAGAACCACAUCCCGGACCUCCUCCUUGUCCUCUGACUCCUCCAACCUUCGAAGUCCUAAUCCAAGUGAUGGGGGAGCAGACACACCCUUGGCACAGUCUGAUGAGGAGGAUGGGGAUGAUGGAGGGGCGGAGCCUGGUCCCUGCAGCUAGCACUGGGCCCCUUACAGACUGACUAAUCUAUAACUCUCUAUGGAGAGGAGAUCCUAGGCCCAGCAGGGUACUCCGGAGAAGACACUUUACUUACAUCAGCACCAAGGGGAGGAAACGAUGGUGGAUGGUGUGCCUGAGAGCUGGCCUCCCCUGCUUUACUGCUAACUUUCUCCUGCUGCAACCCUCCCACCAGUGGUUUUCUUCUGAGGUAGGACUUCCUAGUGAGAAGCUGGAAGGUGAGGUAGGACAAGAUGCCACUGCUUUUCUAGUCCCCCUCCUGCCCCAAGUGAUCCUGUAGUCUUCCACUAGGGUCUCCAAAGUCCGUGUCUCUGAGCAGUUCUGAGGAGUUCCACUCAGUGCUCUGUGAGGUUGUACUCCAGCAGUCCUGCCUCUUUAAGUCCGUUUUUGGAACAGGAUAUGGUAUAAAUAAUAAAUAAUAAUAUACCACUCA